AUGCCCAAAUAUAUACUAGUCAUUCAAUAUGACGGUCUUGAUGCCUACGAACAGCAUGGCAGCAAUAUAGAAAAGAUAACCAAGGAUAUACUUGCAGAGAGAAGAGCUACUGAUCAGACUCUGUUUAUUUCAACUCGGAGUUUACCACCUACACAUACGACUUCGUUUUUUGUUCCGGAUGCUCUUUCGUUGGAGCAGUUGAAGGAGGAAUUUCCUGAGGGAGUGAUUGUUGAUGUCCAUCAAGAAGCUUAG